GCUCCCAGUGGGAACAUAGCAUCAUCUAUAUAGCUCUUAUUUUCCGGAUAAUUUUUUCGCAGCUCUGAUCUCCUCAUAUACAACUUAGUUGCCUUUGCUAGGGGGGUUUUCCUUUGUCGGAUUAUCUUACCGUUUGCGAUUUUUUAUACAUUUGUUUCUGAGGACUUUCAUGAGUUUGCGUAGCACGUCUCAAUCUAUUCAGCACCGAUUAUUAUUAUUAUUAUUAUUAUUUAUUAAACUUAAUUGAAAUAAAAAUAAAAUACGCAUUGUCAAGUCUUCAUUAUAGUAACAAUAAUUGAGAGCAACGUGUAACGCGUAACUCACUCCUUUGUCUAAUUAAAUUCGUAAAUAUUAAAAAUAAACAUUGAGAUCGGCAUCUACACAUUUUUUUUCAUGAGACAGGAACCUAGAAGCCAACCUUUUCUCGUGAAUAGUGUCCUGUUGUCUAUCAGAUCAAGUUUGGCUUCUGAUAACAGCAAUCAUUAGAAGACAAGAGAACCCCAGGUAGAAAAUAUGUCUGAUGCGAAUGUCUUUGGUAAAUGGCCAACACUUGAACCUAACUCCGGUGGGAACACUUAUAAGGUUACUGCUACAUCCACCUAUAUUGCAUACUUUAAUCAGUGGCUGAAAGCUAGUAACAAUAGUAACAAGGCAUGUGAACAACGAAUCCACGAUGGUACUAAUGCACGACAGGAAAGCACCACUGUCGGCGAUGCCAUGGACGAUGUCGAGGAUGUAGAGAGAGAUCGGCAGGUGUGCCAAUUGAACUUUGCCCUUAGUGCAAUGGGGCCAUCCUUCACGGAGACGACUGUGGCCUCGAUUUGGGAUGAAGCAAUGCAUGAAGAGGUUACUAAUCGGAAAGUUGAGACAAAGCCAUGGGAGAUGGCUGUUUUACGUUGCGUUGAGUGGUUGUGCCAUGGUGUGCAUUCGGCAAAUGGGAUUAAGUUAAACUUUCUCUCGCAGGGGCUUGUGCAACACGCGCUUGGGCACGUUGUGCUGCACGAACCUCCCGCAUCUCAGGUUGUGGUGGAUGACAAGGGCGUAGCCACGAACUCAUCUUGGAUGUCGUCGUUCCCCUCCAGCUUUACGGCACUGGAGCAGAGGCGUCAGAAAGUAGGUACCUUUUGUCCGGCGUUAGUGCUGUUGCUGUUUCAUCGACAUAUAGAAGUGCGUAUACGGGCACGCGAAGCUUUAUUGGCUUGUGUGGAUCACGCUUCCACUGUCGCUCCUGUUUCUUUGAACCCAUAUACAUCUUGCAAGCCCCAUGGGGCAGUAUCGUUGCCGUUGGAAUCUUCCUUAGUGCCAACGCAUGCUGUAAUGUCGGAGUUGUCGCCAGACACUCGUCCGAAACUUGAUGUCAACAGACACAACAGUGGUAGGGCACGCGCCUCUUCUCCGCUGGAGCAUCCAUCACAAAAGUUACUUGAUUCAAAAUGCAUGGAGAGGACCUUGAUAGAGCAUCGUCUGCAGAGACUUUGGCGGCUAAGCUUGGAGCUCUUAUGUGCCCUUAAGCAUCUCACGCAGGUCCGCUUUCUGCUCCUCCAAGGCAAUCUACAUGUUUCUUCCCUUCCUCCACACGAAAUAUCCCCUCAUUCGGCGGAGAUAACAAGGAUAAUGACGGAGGGUAUCUAUCACCUCUUCGUAGUUCUGACUGCCCUGGAUCAACGUAUUACCAAAAUAACCAGCGACAGGUCUACUUUAUUGCGGGAGACUACUAGCAAUCAUCUUCCGCAGCUCCCGCAUCCCGUCACUGUUCUACUACUGGGAGGCUCCAUGAGUCUUGAAUGGCUCUUCAACGCCCACGAAGACCUAGUGAAGGGUGUAUUUUCCAGCUUCUCAUCUUCCCUGUUACAGUGCAUAGCAGGUUAUGACAACGAAAUAAGGGAAGAAGAGGUCUCUCGUUUAGUGCACUUUAGAGCCAUGCAGGAGCUUAUAGAGGGCCUCAACAAUGGGCUUCGACAUGAUCGAACUCUGGAGCCUGCCUCUCUCACCAUACAAGUGAAGAAGUCGAUUGCUAAGGUGAUAAUCCACGUACUGUUGGAGUACGCGCGAGAGCCAAGAGCCUCCUCAACAAUGUCAGUCUCGCCCUCAGUAUGCAAGGAAGAAUUGGAUUGGCGUGUAAAGCGAUUGAACAGCUGCUGGUGGCUAGCAGGUGCCCUCGACUCACCUUCUACCACCAAUUUUGGAACGGUUGACGAAUUUGGUGCUACAUUUAGUGGAGGUGCUGUCCUGGAGACUGCCACGACUACGUCUCAGCGGACGUGUCUGUAUUGGCUUUUGGGGCCACUCCUAAAAAACGCCCACAUACAGUGGCGCGUGGAUGAGGUCGUGGCGGAGGCACGAACGCACCCCACUAUCGCUACACACAUCUCAUCCAAUAAGGACAGGUCAACACAGUCUACCAUGUUGGAGUGUACCUUGCAUUCUUAUUAUUUUCUCUUUCACAGUCUAAUCAAGGCGAUGCCCGAUGUUGUGGCCUCGAAUUUUUUCCAUAGCAUACUUGAAAAGCAUGAACAGGCGGUAAACGCGUUGGCGGUCGGCGGUGUUCUUCGACACGGUAGCUCACAUGCUAUUUACCUGUUCGAGUUCUUGCUUCAGGCAGAUCUAUUGGCCUUUAGUGAUUCAGGUCACAUUUGGCUGUGGGAUGAGCAGGCAGUCAGCAGACUACCUGCUUUGAAAAGGGUGUUAAGUGACGUGUGUACAAGUGCUACCAAGGUCACAAUGAAAAAUAAACCAUUGUCGUGCCUACAGCGUGCAUGGACAAACUAUCCAGCUGUGUUAAAACAGGUAUUGAGAGGUGACCGCUUGAAGAGCUUCCCGCACGUGCUAGAGCAACUUGUCGGGGUGCUUCAUGUCUUUGUGAAUAUCCCAAUGUCGGUCGCGCAGUGUAGUCAGUGGUUGUUACUCUUGCCUGAUGACCCCAACUGGCCACAGCCACUGGGAUGGGCUCUAAAAAAUUUUAUCGCGCAGCUCUUAGAGUUCUUUGAAAUGCAUGGGCGAGGUAUUAGGGAAAAAUGGGCCGCUGGUGACCCUUCUGCAGCUCUUUCACGUCUGCUUACCUCUGGUCUCGACAUCCCGCGGCUGGUGUGCCGCUUACAAUAUGCCCAGAGUUCCCAACUGCGGCACCUCGCAGAGUUACUUAAUACGAUUUUUCUUGAUAACCUUGGGCCAACUGCGCGGCUGACCUUCGCAUCUGACGCCGCUCAAUGGAUGUGGCAGGACGUACUUCUACAUCAGGAGGCCUUGAUGGGGUUUGUGCACAGUGAGACUUGGCUCCAGCUUCACAACGCGAGGGUAGACAAUCUUGCGAGGCAGCAGGGUAGACAGUGGUUGCGUGUCUUGAGAGCAUGUAAUUGGUGCUCUAUGCGAACGGAGAACAGAGACUGCAGUCCGUCAUGCUCACCUACGUUUUUUUGGUGUCGAACAGUGGCGUCGGCAUGGUGGAUGGCCUCUCUGCUUGCUGACGUUGUGACUCUGGACACAGACGAAAGAGUGACACUGUUGAAACAAGUCAUUAUGGAACUACCACAGCCGCCGUUUUUGCAUCUUCCCCGUGAUGCAGUCAAGCUUUAUGAGAUCGUGAGGCAUCUCUUUCUAUGUCUAAUCGAAAAGCAUGCAGCUUACUCACAAGAUACUCUUCUUAGUGCGCUAUUGCACGUCUCAAGCGUGCUUCCAAAUGGUAAGGCUGAGGCAGACACACAGUUGUCUAACGCAGCGAAACGGCCCAUGGUAGCCCUCCUAGAUCGCUAUUUACUAAAAGAAAGUCGUCAAACACUAGACCAAUACGCACCCAAAUGGUUGACUCGCAUCAUCAAGUCUGCGACAUGUGUUAUAGAUGCUUGCCAGAACGAGGAAAGAAGGUCCUUUAAACAGUUUGAAUGGCAAGAAAAGCAAAUAGCAAUAAUAAGUGAGGCUAAAACGGAGCAAGUGGCAAAUGACUCAAAGGUACGGCAACAAUUAGAGCGAAUGCGGGUCGAAGAAAUAAACACAGCAAGUGCCUUGACAUUGUCAAAAGAUAAAAGCACUAACAGCUACGCUCAAUACAUUGUUGCCGGGAGGAAGAGACCACGCAAGCCACCGUGGAUGGAGGAUGAUAGCGGCUAUGAUUCUUCCUCCUCCUCUGUGGUGAGUGUGGAGGGUCCCACCGUGCUACCGUGUAGCUUGCCCAUGGGAGACACCAGGUCCUUGUUGGUAGCAUUCAAUCCAACAGAGAAUCCAGCGAAGGUACUCAGUGACCGGACUUCUUCCACACGUACCGUUGUGGCGGAACAAACUACCCGGCAACGCAAGCUUCAGGCUAUGAAUAAUUACGAGGGACAGAAGGUACGCUUCAACGAGUAUGAGAAAGAGAUCAUGAACGCGAUGCGGGGUAUCGUCGGUCGCACAUCAAUUCUGAAUCGGCACCCUCGGGUAAAUGACAUUAUUGGGCAAGCAACGCAUUGCCUAGCGGCGAAUGUGCCAACGUUGCCGGAAGUGUACAUGCCCAGUACUGAGGCAACAGACAAAGAUGACAGCUCCAAUUCCGGAACAUAUUCAUUGUCUCGGGCAGCGCAUCAUCACGUGAACCAUCGGGCUGCAUGGUCGUAUGUGCGCAGUUUCGUGCCGCAUGUGGCGCUCGAGGUACGCUGCGGGAUCGUCGCUGAUGUGAAUAAACUGAUGGACGCCGCAUCCAAGAAGGGGUACGUGUGGACUACGAAGAGUGGCACCCAUCGCAGUCAGAAUUGUGGUGCGCAUUCCCUAAAAGGGUGUGACCCAAAGUAUGAAGUGCGAGCGAACACUGAAAAGGGGCUCUCUCAGUAUCUUUUGAAACGCUUCCCGCUCAGUAAAUGGGUAGAUGAAGAGGCGGUGCGUGCAUUGCGAAUUGGUUCCAUAGAAUCAGACCCGCUAGACCCCGGAAAGAUAAAUUUCACCGUUAUUAUCAAAGAUAAUCUAAGCAGUCCAAGCAUAAGGCAAUUUGGUGACGAUGAUAUAGUGCUAGUGCUUUUGCCUCUAACCGUAGUGCUCGAUGCGUGGCUGAGGUGGCGGGCUCGGCGUCGCACUGGACGUGGUGCUGAGGUAACGGAGGAUGAGUCCUGCAUAAAGGAUGCCGAUGAGGUUCUGAACUGUAUCCCGGAGAUCUGGCGCAUAUUUGGCUGCUUUCCACAGGUGUGCUACGUCCAUCUUGCACGCCAGAAGGAACGGAUGUUGACUCUGGCUUGCUACCCUCAGCAAACCACUGCAGGGGCCACUCAGCAGGGUUUGUAUGGUAACACAUUGUCUGCUGGUAGGGGGCGUGAAUGCCAGAGCAUAACGAGAACAGGUGAAUCGCCACCGUCAGUAGCCAAUCUUUUACCCUUUGUGCAUGCCUUACGUCUGGGCAUCAGGCCCUCCACUGAUACGUUGUACAUUAGGUGGGUAAGCUCCAUGAACCCCACGAUCGCGGCUGUCAGUUCACUCUUCAGAAUCUCCAGAACGCACUUCUCGCCCAUGCUGUACGAUCCGCGGGGCACCUCGGUUGUCAGCCGGGACUACCACGAUUUGAUGGAAAAGUACUUUUCCGAGCCAGAUGUGAUGAACGACAUACAGAGCCGGUUGCUUAUGCCGCGUCUUCUUAACGAAUGUCAGGCAAAGGCAGUGGCAGCGGCCUUGCACGCGGUGCAUCCAUUGUGGUGCGGUAAGAGUCUCCUUGGAGUCGACGCCGGGGGUGAUAAACAUACGGUGGACGCAGCAAGCGGUAUUUCUCAGAACAGGGAUCGACGGAGUGUUCCAGCACCAGAGAUUCACAUCAUCGAAGGACCGCCGGGUACCGGCAAAACCCAGACUUUAUCGAUGCUUAUAUUAAAUUUUCUGCACUAUUUGCCUCUCAAUAGCCGCAUCUUGCUUUGUGGGCCGUCCAACAGCGCUGUCGAUGAGGCCCUACUACGUGUCUUGAGCCUCCAGAAGCUCCUCUGUGGUGAUAAAUUCUCUGGGCUGCCGCCGGACAAGACCACUUUUGCGGCACAAGCGCAGCUGCUACGUAUUGGCAUACGGCAGAACAUCUCGGAGUACGUCCUCAGGCAUCGCCCGUUCUUGUUUCUGGACGACAAGCUCACUCAAAUAAGUGCUGGGUGUCCAUCUGAAGAAACGUUAUCCAAAGAGGCUUGCUCUUCAAGGCGCGAUCCCUUGAAUCGCAAGGAUUCCUCUCGUGACGAGAUCAUCAAAGACUCUAAUGUCAUCUUCACCACCCUUGGCUCUAUCCACCAACUCCUGCGGCUGAAUAUUCGCUUCGAUGUGGUCAUUGUCGACGAGGUCUCGCAGGCCACCGAGCCCAGUAUUUUACCAGCCCUUAUGUCCGCGAAGGGUAUGUGUAUCUUGGUUGGGGACUGGAAGCAGUUGCAGCCAACUGUCUUGCACCCGGAGUCCGCACGUUGUGGGCUACAACGUAGCCUGCUAGAAAGGCUGUUGCGCAAUGGCUACUCAUCUCAUCUCCUGUGCACUCAGUAUCGCAUGCAUCCCGACAUUUGCGCCUUCCCAAACCGCUACUUCUAUGCGAACAAGCUGCGGACUGACUCCUCGGUGUUGCAGCGCCAGAGUGAGGGGUGUUCAUCCUCACACAGAGAAGCAGGGGAGCAUGGCGACAGCCUAACGACGCCACAGCAGUCUCUUCCUUGGGAUAAGAAAACGGUUGCGCAAAAACUGGGGUCGAUCGCACGUUUAGCCUUUAUCGACGUCCCAGAUGGCGUCAUGCAGCGGGGGCGUGGGAACUCCUGGCGUAAUACAUGCGAAGCGGUGGCUGUUGUGCAAUCAAUGCGCCAAAUCCGAAACUAUUUGAGGCUCACUAUAGGGGAGUUUCCCCAGCAUGUUGGCAUCAUAACAUAUUACAUAGCACAACGGGAUGCCAUCCAGGAGGUUCUGACGAUUGAGGAGAGGCGCAGUGGGAUACAGAUCGCAACUGUAGACAGCUUUCAAGGCAAAGAAAAGGAUAUUAUUCUUAUCAGCUGUGUGCGCGCUGAUACGGAUCCGAAUGCAUUUAGAAAGGGAUCGAGGGGCAAACCCACAAGUGAAAGUGAGACUGCUCCAAUGGGUGCGGCGUCGGAAUUCGAAUCCCCGGCUGAUGUGUACCCGGGGGUGUUCUCAGGUGGAAUCGGCUUCUUGAACAGUUGGCAUCGCAUCGACGUCUCGCUGACGCGUGCGAGGGAGCUGUGCAUUGUCUUCGGCCACCGCGCAACCCUUGAGGCGGCCACGCGGAAUAAUAUGAAGACUACCGAAGAUAGCGCAGCGCCCUGCGCUGUCGGCGCAGCCGAGCACAGGGAAGCUGGCGUGAUGGUGAGCAAUUCACCGACAAGCGAGGCUACGGAAAACUUAAUGAAGAUGGACAAGGAUCCAUCUGUGCUGAGUAAAUUUAUUCAGCACGUCGUGCAACACGACAUCAGUCCGGUUAGCAAAGCAAGGGGGAAAUCUGGAAGUGCAUGCGAGCGAGUCUCCCGUAAGAAUAGUCCGAUCUGUACCUCAUUAGACAGUUCAGUGGAGCAGAAAAAGGGGGACGAGGCUCGCCGCGCCGAGAACGGUGCAUCAACGUGCCAGGCAGCGUACAUAACGUACCAUAAAAAAAUGCUGUUGAUGCAGUGUCUACAAAAAUAA